UUACAUCAUCAUUUUUUUUAUUUAUUUAUUUUACAUUUCAUGUGAGAAUUAAAUUGUAAAACUCCUAAUCAAAGCAUUACAUGUAGUACAAUUGCAAUUUCAGCCCUGUGUCGCACAGACAAAGCAGAUUAAGAGACAAGGAGAGACAAGCACAGUUGUGUUUGCCUGAAGCUGCGGGUGGAGGCUGCACUACGUCCCUUCAGGCAGGAGUCUGACUCUGACUCGCACUCACAGACGCUCAGAUGAAGGAGGAGGGGGAGGUGGCAGAGGGAGUGGCAUCUGAACAGACGGUUCUUCUUCACUGAGCAGCACAGAUGAGUACAGACUGUCAGUCAGUCUGUCACUCAAAAGUGGCAGGCCAACGCCUGAAGCUGCUCCACUUCUUACACAUUCUGGUCCUGUCUGGAGGAGGAUGAAGAGGUGGUAGCUCAUACCCGCGAAGCCAAGGCUUUGUUUCAGUCCGCAGGAUGCAUCUGGUUGUAGAACCCAUCAAAGAGGCUGUGAUGAAGAUGUUACCUUAUUUUGUGGAAAACGCUGUGCUGACGCAGAGUCAGAUAAACCGCAUCCUGAGUGAGAGCUUCUUCAUGGUGAAGGGUGCUGCUCUUUUCCUGCAGCAGGGAAGCGGUCACCAAGGCCAGAAAGCACAUCCUCACCACAAACAUGCAGGUGACUUACCUCAACACCUGCAGGUGAUGAUUAACAUUCUUCGCUCAGAGGACAGAAUAAAACUGGCGGUGCGGCUGGAGAGUGCGUGGUCAGACCGCGUGCGGUACAUGGUGGUGGUGUACACCAGUGGGCGACAGGACACGGAGGAGAACAUCCUUCUGGGAAUCGACUUUACAAGCAAAGACUGCAAAAGCUGUUCAAUCGGCAUGGUGCUACCUCUGUGGAGUGAUACCAAGAUCCACCUGGAUGGAGAUGGGGGUUUUACAGUGAACACGGCUGGUCGGACUCACGUCUUCAAACCCGUGUCGGUGCAAGCUAUGUGGUCAGCUCUGCAGGUGCUGCACAAAGCCUGUGAGGUGUCACGCAGGUGUAACUACUUCCCUGGGGGAAUGGCUCUCACCUGGAUGGGCUACUAUGAGAGCUGCAUCGCUUCGGAGCAGAGCUGCAUCAACGAGUGGAACGCCAUGAAAGACUUGGAAACCACUCGGCCAGACUCGCCCACCAUGUUUGUGGACAAGCCUUCAGAGAGAGAGAGGACAGAGUGCCUUAUUAAAGCCAAACUCAGAAGCAUCAUGACAUGCCAGGAUCUGGAGAACGUCACCUGCAAACAGAUUCGUACAGAGUUGGAGCAAAAUAUGAACUGCAACCUGAAGGAGUACAAAGAGUUCAUUGACAAUGAGAUGCUGCUGAUCCUGGGCCAGAUGGACAAAGCCACUCUCAUCUUUGACCACGUCUACCUGGGCUCUGAGUGGAAUGCGUCUAAUUUGGAGGAGCUGCAAGAGACUGGGGUGGGCUAUAUCCUCAACGUUACACGGGAGAUAGACAACUUCUUUCCAGGGACAUUCAGUUAUCACAACAUACGUGUCUACGAUGAGGAGGCCACUGACCUUCUGGCUCACUGGAAUGACACGUACAACUUUAUUGUUAAAGCAAAAAAGAAUCAGUCCAAAUGUCUAGUUCACUGCAAGAUGGGUGUCAGUCGAUCUGCGUCGACUGUCAUCGCUUACGCCAUGAAGGAGUUCGGCUGGUCACUGGAGAAGGCGUACAACUUUGUCAAGCAAAAGAGGAGCAUCACACGACCAAACUCAGGUUUCAUGAGACAGCUGGCAGAGUACGAGGGCAUCCUGGACGCCAGCAAACAGCGGCACAACAAACUGUGGCAUCCAGAUGCAGACUGUGAGAUGUCGGAAGGACAGCAGGCUCAGUGCUGUGAAGGCGAGGCCAGAGGUCACCUGACCCCUGAGCCAGGCAUGUCUCCCUGCUGUGAUGAGGCACUGUCUGAUAAAGGUGCAGCAUGCCCCUCCCCAUGCAGGACUGUUUCACUGGAUAUUGACCCCGCCUACAACAACUACUAUUUCCGCCGGCUCUCUGACUCGGCGCUUGACAGCGAACCGUCGACGCCCGUGCGUGGCCCCCCGCUUCUCGGCAUGGAAAAGGUCUUUAUAGAAAUCGAGGACGUUGAGCGAGACGCGCUGCUGGACGACGAGGCCUUUGAUGGGCGUGAAGCCCUGCCUCUCCCUCACUUUGGGCCAACGGCAGAAGGAACCGCUGCGCAGACGUGUAGUCGUUGCCCUGAGCCCCUGGAGGAGCUGCGUCUGAGGCUGGAGUUCAGCACAGUGGAGGAGGAGGAUGAGGAGGAGGUGCAAAAGGAGGAGGCAGAGAUGGAGGUGCUGAUGCAGCCAGAUGAUGGAGGGGGCGGGGGAGGAGGCAGAGGAGAGGAUGGCAUGGACUUGGCGACCCUCAAUGAAAAUUCCAAUAACAACAACCAUUUGAGCUCUUCAUAUAACCACAAUGGAAAACCUUCCUCCAUCCUCCCUCCUGCUGAUUCUUCUACACCGUCAUGGCUAGAAUCGAAGUCCCUUCAGAAAGUAGGAUCUGCAACCCCGACCUCUACGCUUUGCCUUAAACCCAGUCCUCCUCAAGCGUCAAGUGCUUCAUUCCCACAGUCCCGUACCUCCUCUGAAGGCCUUGCGUCUUCAGUGGGGCUGUCGCACUCCUGUGACCCUCUGUGUGACUGUGCCAACUGUGCCACUUCCACACCCACAGCUCUAAUCGACAGAGAGGAGCAGCCAGAAGAAUCCCCGAAUCCUGAUGACAGUGGUGUUUUGCUGGAAGGAAAUACUGAGCCUGACAAAAGUUGGUCUGCGGAGCCUCUUCCUGAGCUGGUGAGAAUGAAUUUUGAGGAGGCGACGUCUGCAGUGGCUUGUUUCCUUGGCCAACCGCAGGAGACCCUUUCACAGCUGGGGAGAUCUGGGCUGGUCCGCCGUUGUGCAGAGAGACUGGAGAAACUUUCAGGUUCGUCACAAGAUUGCCCGCACUCUCUGAAGCCUUUGCACGCAUGCCAAAAGUCCAAGAAGAGCCCCCUUUGCACUGAAGAGGGAGAGGAAUUCUCCAGCUUUACUGGAGACUUCAUUAAGUCCUCGACACCAUGCCAAGUGAGGUUAGAGCCACUGGUGAUGCCACUGACCAAUGAAGCCUUGUUGGGCGUGGUGGGAUCUGGGCUGCUCACUCCUACCUCCUCACCUCAUGGCUCCACCCUAACACGCAGCUCGAGCACUGACAGUCUGCGCAGCGUCAGGGGGAAACCCGGCCUUGUUCGCCAGAGGGCGCAGGAAAUCGAGACCCGCAUGAGGCUUGCGGGUCUGACUGUACCCUCGAGGCUGAAGAGGUCCAACUCUUUGGCCAAGUUGGGCAGCCUCAACUUCUCCUCUGAAGACCUGUGUUCAGUCUGCUCCUCAGAUGCAGGAACACUGCUGCUCCUCUCACUGUCUCCAGAGCCAGACCCUGGCCGGGAGUGGAGCUCCCCCACCACCUACAAGGGACUGUCCACUCCAGAGAGAGCACUACCAGGUGAGCCCAGAAGCUGACACAUCACAUGGAGGUCACAUACGAUUCACCCAGCCCUCCGUGUGUCAUCUUGUGGAGCUGAAGAUAGUUGUACAUAUAUUAUUGAAAAAGGAAAGAGAUGAAAAAUGUUUAAAAGAAAAAAGAAAACAAUGAUGCCAACUGUUGUACACACUCCUUUGCCACAUUGUUUCUCAAACUGCUGUUCACAUUUAUAAAAGUCAUAUUGCUGUA